AUGCCAUCGCAGAAAGAAACGUUGCGACAAAAGGAUGAAACCCAGGUCGCCUCAUACCCUGUCGCUUACGUACGGGGCUUGGAGCUCCGGCUGAAAGAAUUAGAGCAACAGCUCACCUCGUCCUUGACUCCCCAGAAUUCACAGAAUGAUCCGUUGUCAUGUCCUUGGGACCAAGAGACUGAUAUACACCUGGAUGAUGAGUUUUUGCUCCAGAACAAUCCAGUCGCCUCCUCACCUCGACAAUGUCCUAAUGAAAAUGGAGCUGCCGGACCCGAUGCAGUACCCAUAUCUCCCCACGAACUGACUCCUUCGAGGCCCAAGGAUUUGGCUGAAGAACUAAGGCUUCUUUCUCUGGAAGCUGCAGCAGAGAGGUAUUUGGGCUCAUCAUCUGGCCUCUCUUUUGCCAAACUUACUCAAACCGUUCUUCGGCGUCUGUCGCCAGACCAAGAUGCAUUCGUCUUUGACGGAGAUAUCAACGGAAAUCAACACAACACCUCUAUAUCAGCCGAGUCGCCAACCUUUAAUCCUACGGCCUUUGACUUUGAUGCCUCUAUGUUAUCAUCAUUGCCUCUGAAUUCAAUAUUUGGGGAUCCCGCCGAGGAUUAUCACGACUCCAUGGAUCUGGCAAUACUGGAACCUUCCCAUAUCAGUUACAUUUUGGAGUUCUAUUUCGCUCACUCUCAUACCCUUUACCCCAUUAUUCGCCAAAAUGAAUUCACAUCUGUACUGUGGAGGGUAUAUGGCGAUCCGUUGGAUCCCUUGGCUCAAUCGCCGUUAUGGCAAUUCAGGAUCUGGAUGGUCUUAGCGAUCGGAUCAACGACAUACUGUUCGGUGUCCUUAAUGGACGAAUCCGAAUCUGUUCAGUUCUUUAAUAAAGCUAUGACAUACUUUGAAGCCGCAAUGGGAUGCGGUGAUCUUGGCGGCUUGGAAGUUCUGAUGCUCCAAGUUUCUUAUUCAUUUUUCAAUAAGAUUGGACCUAAUACUUGGUUCCUCGUAGGCGUUGCAGCCCGCAUGGCAACUGGCAUGGGGCUUCAUACCGCCGAAAUCUAUCAUGCGCUAGCUGUGGAUGUCUCCGAACACCAAAAGCGACUCUUCUUCUCUCUUUAUAUGAUGGAUCGUGUCGUUUCCUUGGCUUUGGGUCGACCCUUUGCCAUACAAGAUGAUGACAUUACUGUUGAGCCAUUUGCAAGCGCAAACGAUGAAAACAUCCAGUCAGACGGCAUCACAUCAACGUCAUCAUUAGAGCCAUCGACCAUGGCAGUCCCUCUUCACAUUCUCGCUCUUCGCAAAAUUGCAAGUGAUAUUGGAAGUCAAGUACACUUAGCAAAGUAUAGCGAGCGACAAAGCCCAGAGGAAAGAAAGCAAACAGUUCAAAGUCUCCACAAAAGACUUAUAGAAUGGCGUCGCAACAUGCCAUUCCCUUUGCCCGACCUACAAUCCAAGGUACCCCAUCUCUGCACUAGCUGGUUUGAUUUGAACUACUACACACAUGUCAUCAUGUUGUACCGACCGUCGCCUCUUUGUCCAACACUGGACGUUCAAAAUCUGAAAGUUCUAGCCGAAGCAUCUUGUAUGGCUAUUCGGCAGGCAAUCAAUCUGCAUAGACAGCAUCGGAUUGCCUAUAACUGGCUCAACUUGGUCACAGUGUUCAACUCUGCACUAUCUCUUAUGUACACGGCCACUGCUCAGCGCGAGCAGCUAUCAUUGGUCUGGGAUAAUUCAAAGGCAGCAGAUGAUUUGGAACUAGCGAUUGAACUGUUAGAGGCUUUUGGCACAAAAUUUCCGUCCGCAAAGAAGAUCCAGAAUAUGGUCCAGGCGGUUUCAGCCAACCUCAAGGUGUAUAAUAUGACAGCCGUGUUUUCAUGA